AUGGAUCCUGCCAGAUUCGAGCUUGGGCAAACCGGCAUACCAGUUCCCAAGCUGGAUGUCUUCGCACAAAGCUUGCUGGACACCAAUAACGGCGUCGACCUUGAAGAUCUGGUAAAUGGUUUGAACAUGGAGUGGGGAGAAGAGUAUCUUGAACUUGAUGGAAGUACGGACGUAGCCUGGGCGAAUUGGAAGGCUGAGGCACUCGAGAGAGAAGGAAAGAGUCUGCACGGGUGGGACAGCACCCCAGAAAAGAGGCGUAAGAUAUGGCAGAGCACGGUGUCAGCCUACAGGAAGAAGCGGGGCCAAGGUUGGAAAUACAACGCUGCCCACGUCACGAGGUUUUGGAGGCGGGGUCAGAGGGAUCCUCGAAGGCGCAAAGGCGGGUUCUGA